GUCUCGCCCUCUUCCUCCCACCGCCCACCCUCUCUGCCUAGUCUCUGCAUGCUGUCGAUGCAAACUAGAUCCUAACUUAUUAUAAUACAAGCUCCGUAAUUACGACCGCACGUCUUCAUAAUCAUGAAAAUCAGCCAGAAAAUAGCGCAGGCGGAAAAGGAGGACCGCAUCUGGUGGUCUUUUGAAUACUUCCCGCCUCGGACGGCCCAGGGUCUGCAAAAUCUGCUCGAUCGCAUUGAGCGCAUGCGAGCGCUCGGUCCGGAGUUCAUAGACAUUACAUGGAAUGCUGGCGGCCGCACGUCAGACCUCACGUCCGAGAUGGUCAAGACAUGUCAGAAGCUCAUUGGCAUCGAGACAUGCAUGCACCUAACUUGCACGAAUAUGCCGAAGGAGAAAGUGGACAUUGCCCUGAGUGAAGCCAAGGAACAUGGAUGUCGCAACAUUCUUGCUCUGCGUGGAGAUCCCCCGAUGGGCAAGGUCGAGUGGGAGGCGGUCGAGGGCGGAUUCGUCCACGGCAUUGACCUCGUUCGUCAUAUCCGCAGCUUAUAUGGCGAUUAUUUCGAUAUCGCCAUCCCUGGUUUCCCCCAACACGAGCUUCUCCCUCCCGAGGAGUUCCAGCAGGAGUUAAAAUAUCUCAAGGAGAAGAUCGACGCCGGUGCGAACUUCAUUUUCACGCAGAUGUUCUACGAUGUCGAGCUCUUCAUUCGUUGGGUGCAUGCCGUGCGUGCUGCUGGUAUCACGGUACCCAUCAUUCCGGGUAUCGCGCCGAUUCAGACAUGGAACGGGUUCAUGAAAGCGACCAGCCUCGCGAAGACGAAGAUUCCCCAGUUUUUCAUGGAUGCGCUUGAGCCGCACAAGAACAACGACGAAAAGGUUCGAGCGAUUGGCAUUAAGCUCGUUGCAGACAUGUGCCGCCGCAUAUUGAAAGAGCCGCUCGGCAUCCGGGGCCUGCACUUUUACACGAUGAACCUGGAGAAGGGUACUCGUAUGUUAUUGGAGGAACUGCAUCUCGUUCCGCGCGUUCAAACGAUCAAGCCUCUUCCUUGGAGACAGUCCCUCACUCCCAAUCGACGCACUGAGACCAUCCGUCCCAUAUUUUGGGCGAACAGAACCAAGUCGUAUCUGUCGCGCACAGAGAAUUGGGAUGAGUACCCCAACGGCCGAUUCGGUGACUCGCGCAGUCCGGCAUAUGGCGAACUCGACGGAUACGGAGUGUGGAUCAAGCAAAGUAAAGACGAAGCACUUCAGCUGUGGGAUCGUCCCACAACCGUGGUCGACAUUGGCAAGCUGUUCGCUCAAUUUUGCAUAGGCAAAUUACCGGCACUGCCAUGGUCAGACGAGGCGCCGUCCUCGGAAACAUCAGUCAUUUCAACACAGCUCGCAAAGUUGAACGAGAUGGGGUUCCUGACCAUCAACUCACAACCCGCAGUCGAUGGGGCACGGAGCGAUGACAGGAUCCAUGGUUGGGGUCCCUCAAACGGAUAUGUCUACCAGAAGGCAUAUUUGGAGUUCUUUGUCUCUCCGGAGCUUCUAGACGCUCUCCUCCCCAACAUUGAGCGCGACGUCAACAUCACAUACUACGUUCUCAACAAGCGCGGGGACUUGCGAACAAACACCCAUUCAGACGGGCCCAAUGCUGUCACGUGGGGGGUGUUCCCGAACAAAGAGAUCAUCCAACCGACAAUUGUAGAGGCUAUCAGCUUCAUGGCUUGGAAGGAUGAGGCAUACGAGCUCGGACGUCAGUGGAGCAACUACUAUGAGCCAGAUUCGCCCACGCGCAAGCUCAUCAACGACAUCAUGGAUACGUUUUACCUUGUGAACGUCGUGCAUAAUGAUUACAAGAAGCCACAAGCUAUAUUCGAGCCUUUCUUCAAGGCAGGCGCGGAAUUCGCCUCCGCACACGGCCAGGCGCCACCAGUCCUCAACGGACAUUGACCUCAGCUCUUCAUAUCAUCUCCCCCUCCUCGAUCACGUCUCAACACCAUUGCUUUCACACCCAAAGCUUUAUUUGUUUCCGGCACCGCCACUGGGUUCAACACCCCAUUCGUUCGAACAAUGGCCUGUGCAGUCUCAUCCCGCUUCCAGCAUCUUUUUGCAUCUUCGUAGCAUUUACUCAGCAUGUAUCGUCAGCGGUCUCUUGCAUCAACUGCAUCCGUCAUCCGCCC